GUCCAUAGAAGAUUAAAGAAAAAGCUGCCUUGAGGUUUUUUUUUAAAUUUGUGAAAACUUUGUUUCGUCUGACCUUCAUAUCUUUUUGUUUCUUCAACUGUCCUAGUUUUGCUGAAAGUAGAUUAACCAUCACAAUCUGUCAAGUCUGUUUUGAAAAGACACAGCCCCUUACUGUUUUGUUUACUUCGGAAAUACUUUUAUAAUUCCCCCGUCGGAAAAGGCAAAAAAAAAUCAACAUAAAAAUAAUAAUAAAAAGAAAAGUACUUUGCUGCUUAAUAUUUAUUUGAACUAUAUUCACCAUCAUUACGUUGUUACUUUAAGGAAGCUCCUUUACCAAGUCAUAACAACGCCAAAACUGUAAAUAACAAAAGUGUAAUCCUAACAAAAAAAAAAAUGUCCACCAAAACUGUAUCUUCAACCAACGAGGAUCUAUCCUUGUUUUCAUUCAACCCCCAACCAAACCAUAAAAAUCACCACCACAACAACAACCACCACCACAACAACAACAACCAUCAUAGUCAAAACAAUAACCACCACCAACCAGGUGACACCUCACCUAAACAUUCCGUUGCAUCUAUAAUUUCAGAAAAUGAAACUACCGACUAUAACAUUUUUGAACGAUCAGUACAAGAUUCCUGUGUUUUUGAACCAGGGUUGAGAUCAGAUUCGAUUGUGUCAUUAGUGUCCAAUUCCGCCAAUGCACAACCUAGAAGACCACGAUCAUCCACUCACAACUCAUCCAUCUCGUUAGCUACGGGUCAAUACUUGAAGAAUGAAGAUUACAUCCCACCAGCUAUUGAUGCAACUGCCAGCUUGCUCUAUGACAAGCAAACUAAUUUAGAUGAUGUGGAAAUUGUAUAUUCUACUCGUCGUAACUCGUCUGUAGUUGCAUUAAAUAUGGCCCUUGGAAGACCAAUUUCACCUUCUUCUAGGAAAAACUCCAUGAUGCAGGUAUCAAGUCAAUCCACACCAUUGCUGCUGGUUCAAUCUACAAACUUGUCUAUUGAUUCGAGCUUGACUAGUUCAUCAAGCCAACAAUUGUUUUCCCCAGUUUCACCACCAAAAUUGACUAGUUCGAAGUCAUCGCUUAAUUUCUACAGUUAUGCCGAAAUGAUUAAUAAUUCUACUGAUGAUUACCCAAUUAGCUCCAGAAGACCUAGCUUCAAACAUGCAUACUCACAAGGAUUCAUCCCACCAGUCAAACACCUGUUAAACAAGCCAUUACGUACCAGCCAAUUGACUGCCAACUUAUCAAAUAAACAUAAAAAGAAGCAUGCCAGUCCCAAAAACAAGUUUUUAAUUUCCCCUGAUCUGUCAGAUUCGGACGACGUUGACCUGGACCUCCCUCCAACAAGAACAAGAAAUAAGUCGGUAGGUAGUGGCCACAGUGGGAUCAACAGCGAUGAUAAUGCCAGUUUAAUCUCCACCACCCUUGCUGAUUGUAUUAGACAAACUACAACUGAAAUCAAUGGUCAUUAGCCGGGUUUGUUUUUUUUUUUAUAACUAUGUUUGUUUAUUAAUGACUUUUGAUGAUAAUUUAUUUCCGUGUUUUUUAGAAGAGAAUGUGUGCGUGCUUAAAUCAUAGAAUAAACCUUUUAUAAUUCAGUGUGUUUUUGUGUUUGUAUGUCUUUGUGUUUUGUAUCUACUUUUGAAUAAAAGUUUGACAGUUUGUCAAUAUUUGUAAAGAUGUAAAUAGUAAAUACCAAGAAUAAAUUG